GAUUUUAGACUGUCCCGAGUUCGGCGAUGGUGGCUGUACUACUGUCGCGGGAUAAUCAUGAUCCCAGAACCACGUGCACAGCGGUUUCUAGUGACCGAUCCACGCAUUCAGCAAGUAGACCACGAUGACCACACCAACAUCAACCGCAUCGCCGUGAUUAUAGCAACAGCUGUGCCGCUAGUUGCAAUUAUUGUGUGGUGCAGCUACAAGGAUCGGCCGUUCCGGGAGUACCACCAUGCGAUCCUCGGGCUGGCCACAGCAAUAAGCUUCACCUCAGCAGUCAUCCUCUCACCAGGGUUUAUUGAUAUAUGCGCACCAACACCAGAGGUAUAUCGGAAAGCGUUCCUAAACUGUCACGGCAAGCUAUACCACUCGAUGAGGUACUACCCCUAUGUAUCGUCAGCGCUGUCUAGCAGCUCCAUGGGGUAUCUUGGGUUAUAUUUUAGCAAGGAACUGGGGCUGCACCUGCAUCCGAGCGUUCGACAGCGCUUACAGAGGACUAAUGGGUAUCGUGGUGCUGAAUAUAGCCGGCCUGGCCAGACAUUGGUCUGGUUUGUCUGCAUCUUGCCCUAUGCUGCCGGUAUGGCGUAUCCUGCUGUUCAGAUUGAGCACCGGGGUGGCGGCCGUGGGUGGGAGGUCGUGUGCGGCAUCAUCAUUGGGACGAUAUUUGCGGUUUGGGGGCAUGUUUUAUAUGUAGCUGACAUAAUACCGUAAAUACUCCAUCUACAGAGAAUAUGAAAUUCGCAGU